AUGAUUAAAGGAAAAUCUCAACAAACUCUGAUGCCUGCUUAUAACUUGGUUAAUGGAAUAAAAAAAAGAGAACUCAAAGCAGAACAAUUUGAUAAUAAAAAAAUAAAACUUUCAUGUAACAGCACACAAAUAAAAGAGAAAAGCCCUAAGCAAAAUCUCAAGGUCGAACAAAGUCCGUGCCACAAGGAGCAAUUUGAGCUAAGCAAAGGCCGGUGUUUUGAGUCAUUGUCAAAUCUUAGGAUGAGAAAAAGAUCUUUGAGCUCUACUUCAUUUUUCAUCCUUAACAUGCCUCAAAAGACGUCAAAAAGAGAUAAUAUUAAAAGCAUUUUAGAUUUCCCAAAUGUGAAUACAAUGAAAAAUGAUUUAUUGAAAGAAAAUAUAUCUAUGGUUGCACGAAAGGUUAUCAGGACAAAUAGUAAUGCGGUGACCUUCGCAAAGUCAAAAAUUUUAUCGAAUUUGAAACAAAAAGUCCUCAAUCCAGGGCCUGCUAAACCAUUUUUUUCUCGUCAAGGUUCAAUUCAUUCACAUAUAACAGAAGAUGAAGAGAGCUUUAGGCCAAAAGCAAAGUAUUGCCACAUAGAAAUAAAAUAA